AUGGAGUGGAAUACCCAACCACCCAUUGAUUUCUCUAUCCAAGAAACCCUCCAAGACGCAGCGGACUACGAUUGUAUUGUCAUUGGCAUUAUCGAAUAUAACGAGAGAAGCAAUAAUGACGACAGCAACAACAACAAUACGACAACCUGCGAGUCUAUAGAAUCCUUCGGUUCCAUCUUUCAUGCCGUGGACAACAAGUAUUCCGGAAUCUUAUCCAAAUGGAUGGAAGGCAAAGAUGACACCCUCUCGGUAAAGUCUUCCACCAAAGGCGAAGUGACAACCUUUACAUCACCCAAAGGACGAACGCCACUAGACUCUGCCGCCAGCCCAAAACGAAAAAGGAAACGAAAAUACGAUAAAGAUUGGGAUGAAGUCUCCAAAGUCUGCAAGGUGUCUCUGGAUGGACAUAUGGAAGUCCAACGGCUGGUUGUAUGCCGGAUCAAGGGAGAUCCCAACAGCUUACAACAUGCCGGAAAGCUGGGGCGCUCGGUGGGGAAUCGAAUAGCGUCGCAUCUCAAGAAUGAAGGCGAAAGAUGGGCCCUUUUAAUGCCUCCACCACCGCCCUCCAUGGAGAAGAAUGCGUCAGACACAUCAUCUCAACCGCCACUGUUUGGCGACUUUGUGUCUGAAAUGACAACCUCUCUGUGGUCGACACUAUACAAGGACAUCCGAUUCAAAUCGAAAGACAAACGAGACAACUUGGCCAAAAAGGAGGACGCACCCUUUGCAUUGGAUUUGAUUUGGGAUCAUCAUACUACUACAAGCCAAUCAACAACAGUGGUGGAGGAUUCAGAGCUGCCAACUACCUUUUUGACCCAGGCACGACAAUCCAUUUCAAAAGGAGAAAUCAUAGCGUCGGGAGUCUUCUUGACCAAGGAUAUUGUCAACGCACCACACAAUGUACUCAACAGCGUGUCUCUAGCAGAGACCGCCAAGAGAUUGGCGGCAGAGUACCCUCGACAACUGACGUGCCACGUCAUGAACGCAGAUGACUGUGAAAAGCUUGGUAUGGGAGCCUUUCUGGGUGUGGCAAGAGGUUCAGAGACUCCGCCACAGUUCAUUCAUAUGAUCUAUCGACCUGGAAAGUCAUCGGCAGGUAGCAGCAAAAGACUUCGCAAGCUGGGUGUUGUCGGAAAAGGGCUGCUCUUUGAUACAGGGGGAUACAACAUCAAACGAGGCAUGAUGGAGUUGAUGAAGUUUGACUGUGGUGGGGCAGCUGCCGUACUGGGUGCCGCCAGAGCUAUUGCUCAAUUAGCUCCGGAGGAUGUGGAGGUGCACUUUGUUGUGGCUGCAUGUGAGAACAUGGUCAAUGAGCGAGCAAUGGUUCCAGGUGACAUCUUGACAGCAUCCAAUGGGAAAACAAUCGAAGUGAUGAAUACGGACGCUGAAGGCCGACUAACCAUGGCGGAUGCGCUGGCGUACGUUGACCAGAAAGUCGGCUGUGAAGAAAUCGUCGAGAUGUCAACUUUGACGGGUGCCUGCAUGGUGGCAUUGGGGAACAAAGUGGCAGGGUUGUGGGCAAAGGAUGACGCGCUUGCAGAAGCUCUCGUCAAAGCAUCCAAGAUGACAGGGGAGAAAGUAUGGAGGAUGCCCUUGGAAGAAGAAUACAAGGAGGGGUUGAAGUCAAAGUUCGCUGACUUGAACAAUAUCGGAGGCAAAUACGCUGGGGCCAUUUCAGCGGCCCUGUUCCUUAAUGAGUUUGUCGAGGGAAACAAACCGUACGCUCAUAUAGAUAUGGCAGGUCCUGUCUGGGCCACCAAGGCAGGUGCAACGGGAUGGGGUGCCAGGCUUUUGAUCGAAUGGAUUUGUCAAUGCUCUCUUCUAGCCAAAGAUGCCGCAGAUCCGGCAACCCCGAAAAAGGAAUCCAACAAGAAGAAACGUCCGUUCAGCCUUUUCUGA